UCUAUGCUGUACAUAUGUAUGUAAAACAACGCAUCAGUUAAUUUUUAGCGCCAGUUUCAGCGGCAGUGGCUUUCAAACUGUAUACAGCCAACAGUUCCUACAAAACUCGGCAGUGAAUUUAAGCCCUGCCUACAGUUUAUGUUUAUAUGUAUGUACAUAUUUGCCUGGAUAUUAAUUCGGUGUAUACUCAGAGAUUCGGCCUGGAGAAAAAUCUUUAAUACAUUUGUUCGUCGGGAGGAGAGGGCUGCCUCAGAAGAUGUACAGCGACAACGCCACGAACUUCGUGGGAGCGAGCAACGUGCUCAAGGAUCUGAGCGCAGCGUUCCACCGCAGUCAGGAACAGUUGAGAGGAUACGCGGCUCAGAGAGGCGUCGAGUGGUGUUUCAUACCGCCGAGGUCACCACACUUCGGAGGACUGUGGGAGGCAGCAGUCAAGGCCGCCAAACACCGGCUGCUGCGAGGAGUCGGCAACGCCAAGCUGACAGCGGACGAGCUCAGCACCCAUCUGGUCGAGGUAGAGGCGCUGCUCAAUUCUCGACCAAUCGCGUCGCCAGGCAACGAUCCCAACGAUGGAGAGGCCCUGACUCCAGGACAUCUGCUUAUCGGACAGCCUCUGAUCACGCUGCCGCAAGAGUCCGGCACAGACGGAAUCUCCAGCAAGGCCAGUUGCGGAUAUUUGAGGCGGUGGCGAAUGCUGUCCGAUCUCAAGCAGCAGUUUUGGGCCAGCUGGUCCAGGGACUACAUCGCCAGCCUGCAGCAUCGCAACAAGUGGUGCGUCGAGGGCCGCGAUCUGGAGGUCGGGUGCCUGGUGCUCGUGCACGAGGACAACAUGCCCCCGCAAAGAUGGCUCACAGGCCGCGUGGUGGCAACAACAGGCGGUGAGGACGGAAGAGUGCGUGUGGCGGAGGUACGGACGUCAGGAGGCGUCAUCAAGCGCGCCAUCCACAAGCUGGCAUUGCUGCCAGUAAGCAACGCUCCUAACGAGGAGGUUAAAGCGCCGGAGGCCUUCAACAGGGCCGGAAUGUUGGAGCAGUAGAUUUAGUUUUAUUGU